AGCAAAAAUAUAAUUAAUCUGACGCGCAAAUCUGCCAUUUCACACAUUGUUCCAAGCGGUUUUGCUGUUACAUAUUUUUAUAUAUUUUUUUUCUUUUACCUUUUGGAAAAUCCGACGCACGAGUGGAGAGCAUCGUUUGUUUUUUGUUUUUUCUCCUUCACCGGUGGAAAGACUCGUCCAUACUCGGCCCCUGGGAUUGGGAAUUGAUAGAAAACGGGGCAUCUUUUCGAUCACUUGACGCGAUUUUGACUUGGACUUUGUGAGAGGAGCAGGUGCCACCAGAGUCCGUUGGGUGUCGGCUGAGUAGCUAAGGGAUGGCUACUUUACCAGGAACUGUGCCUCGAAUGGUGCGUCCGGCGCCAGGCCAGAAUUACCCCCGAACCGGUUUCCCCUUGGAAGUAUCAACCCCUCUGGGUCAAGGUAGAGUGAACCAGCUAGGCGGAGUGUUCAUCAACGGGAGGCCGCUGCCAAAUCACAUCCGACACAAGAUAGUGGAGAUGGCCCACCACGGCAUCCGGCCCUGUGUAAUCUCGCGACAACUGCGAGUUUCUCACGGUUGUGUCUCCAAGAUUCUCUGUCGAUACCAAGAGACCGGGUCCAUUCGUCCGGGGGCCAUUGGAGGCAGCAAGCCCAGGCAGGUGGCAACUCCGGAUGUGGAAAAAAGGAUCGAGGAGUACAAGAGAGAAAACCCGGGUAUGUUCAGCUGGGAGAUCCGGGAUAAGCUGCUGAAGGACGGAGUGUGCGACAGAAGCACUGUUCCUUCAGGUGAGGCUUCAUCUGUGAGCUCCAUCAGCCGCGUGUUGAGGGCCCGAUUUGGCAAAAAAGAUGACGAGGAUGACAGUGAUAAGAAGGAUGAAGAUGGAGAAAAGAAAACAAAGCAUAGCAUCGAUGGCAUCCUCGGUGAUAAAUGCAAUCGCACAGAUGAGUGCUCAGAUGUAGAUUCGGAGCCUGACUUGCCCCUGAAGAGGAAGCAGAGGCGCAGCCGCACCACCUUCACUGCCGAACAGCUGGAGGAGCUGGAGAAGGCUUUUGAAAGGACACAUUACCCAGACAUCUACACUAGAGAGGAGCUGGCUCAGAGGACGAAGCUGACAGAGGCCAGAGUGCAGGUGUGGUUCAGCAAUAGACGGGCUCGGUGGCGCAAACAGGCCGGAGCCAAUCAGUUAGCUGCCUUCAACCACCUGCUUCCUGGAGGAUUCCCACCCACAGGGAUGCCAACUUUACCCACGUAUCAACUACCAGAGUCGAGCUACCCUAGUACAACGCUAUCACAAGAGGUCAGCAGCACGUUGCACAGACCACAACCUCUGCCACCGUCGUCCAUGCACCAGGGUGGCCUGAGCGCCGACAGCAGCUCUGCUUACGGCCUCUCGUCCAAUCGCCACAGCUUCUCCACCUACUCCGAAACCUUCAUGAGCCCAUCGGCAUCCAGCAACCACAUGAACGCUGUCGGCAAUGGCUUGUCUAUGAGGGUGAUGAGCAUCCUUAGUAACCCCAGCGCUGUACCCUCUCAGCCCCAGCACGACUUUUCCAUUUCCCCCCUGCACAGCAGCCUGGAGAGCACCAAUCCCAUCUCAGCCAGCUGUAGCCAGCGCUCUGACACCAUCAAGAGCGUGGACAGCCUGGCUUCAACCCAGUCAUACUGCCCCCCCACCUACAGCGCCACCAGCUACAGUGUGGACCCGGUCACAGCAGGCUACCAGUACACCCAGUACGGUCAGACUGCUGUGGACUACCUGGCUAAGAACGUAAGCUUGUCCACCCAGAGGAGGAUGAAGCUGGGAGACCACUCGGCUGUGCUGGGAUUGCUGCAGGUGGAGACAGGACAGGCCUACUAGGAACCUCGGGACACGUCCUGCAGCUCUCUCUCUCUUUCCCCUCCACCCUCUGCCACCCUCCACAAUGCUCCUCCAUGCCCCAUCAGGAAUGGACUCCGGUUCCGGCUUAGAAGAUGUGGCCCUUGGACGAGAACUAAACUUUUCACGCUGUUGUCAGCUGCCAGGCAGCUCGACACCUUCUGCUGCAUCUCUGCCUACUCCCAAACAUUCCCAACCCAAACCAGGACCCAGCAGGACCAGCCCAGAGGCAGCUCGGCCCGGGUUCCUCUUUGUCAUGGCUGCAGUCCAGCACACAUUAGAGCCAUCAACAUGUACUUUCCUGUUCAUAGUAGUUAACAAAGCCAAUAUCAUUUAAACAACUCUUAUCCCUCUUCUUUUUUGAUAUUGUUAAGCUUAUCGAUGCAGUUAUAUGAUUAUGAUUAACGUGAUUUAUGUUGUUCUUUGAUUCCAUUCGUAUCUCUUUUCUCCGUUAGAUGUCGGUGUGUAAAACAUAACGGAUGAGUGAGGCAAUUUGGUAGCGAGCAUCUGCAUAUGUGCACACUUUAGAGAGGAUGAUUGUUUUCCAAGCUGCUCUUCCCUGUUCCCUGAGCUCUAAUAUUGGCGAACGAUAUGACCUUCCUACUUUCAUAUUCGUCUUGACAUUCCUAAAGAACUUGGCCACUCUGUGGGAAGUCUGGCUGGAUGGAUUCUGCAGGGACAAAAGCUUUCCCCUUCUAACCUCCAUCCCAUCCUUAGCCGCAGUCCGUGGGGAGGGGGCAUUGUUUUCUAAAAACAGGAUUGGGGAAAUUAAUGUAUUUUGUUUAGAAAUAUGGACCUUGCCAAGAAGGGCUAACGCAAUUCCACCUCCUCUGCCCUCUCCUAAAUCCCAUCUGCCAGGGAAUCCUGUGUGACUUAAAAAGUGCAAAGCAGAUUAAAUCACACAAAUGUAAUGUCAAAGCUAAUUCACAGCGUCCCUUCCAAUGGGAGCCAGUAGGGUUGGAACGACUAGUAGUGGUGAUGGGCACAGCUAACCUAAAAAUUAGCUUUGAUAACCACUAAUCCACUAACUGAAAAGGUAAGUGCGAUGACACUAAACCAAUAAACCUCUAAUGCAUUUUGUUGAAGCCAGCAAUAACUGCUAACUUUUAUGAUAUACAUUUAUCUUUAGCUUCAUGUUUUGGCUCUAAAACCCUGAUAUCAGCGCUAACGAGCUGAAAUGUUAAUAUGUUGAAGCAUAAACAUGGAGGUUUCCAAAAAGGUUUUAGCCUGCCAAGA